AUGGGAUUGGUAGACAGCUUGAAGGCUAAUGUUGAUGCUUCAGCAGGUGGAGCAUUUUUGAGCAAAACAUUCCGGGAAUGCAAGGUCUUACUUGAUAAAAUGGCUCAAAAUUCAAGAUGGAUAACAAGACACUCUACAAUCACUUCUGUAGUUCACUUAGUGGCUUUGGACCCAAACAAUUCCAUAGCCAAGAAUAUGGCCACUCUGAUGACGCAAAUGAGUAUCCUCUCCAAGAAUAUUGACGAAUCAGGCCAGAAGCAGAGACAAGGCGGUCAGACUUGGGGACAGCAGAAUCAACAAUAUAGGCCACCACAGCAGCAGUACAACAAUAAUAAUAAUCUUAGAUUUACACGACCACUGGGUCAGGCUGUGCCUUAUCAAUGGCAAAAAGGGUACAAUCAGCAGAAUCAGCAACUAGGUUAUCAACAACCUCAACAGCAUCAGAUAGUGCGACAAAAGGAUGGUUUGUUUGAAAUUAAAGGAAUGCUACAACAACUCAUUGGGUCCAGCGGAAAAAUGGAAGAAAAGGUCCACCAGAUGCAAGAAAAGGUAGUAUCACAUGACUCAGCUAUCAAGAGCAUUGAGAUUCAACUAGGGCAAAUAUCCAUGGCCCUUAACACUCGUCCUCAAAGGACAUUACUUGCGGACACACAUGUUAACCCAAAAGAGCAGGGCCCGAAACAGUUGAUGGUUGUUAGUCUGAGAAAUGGUAGAGACCUUGAUCUAGAGCAAGAAAUUGCUCGUGAAAGUCGACCAACCGAGAUGCUCGUGCCAGUACUGAUUGAGGUAGAUGAGUCAACAGAGCUGACAGAAGUAAGAAUCCAACUAGCGCAGGAGAAAACAAACAAGAAAAAAGAGUCUAAAAGGGGGGCUGAAGAAGUGCAAGAGAAGACAUGCAGUGCUAUUGUGACGAGACCCAUAGCUGAGAAGUUGUCCGACCCAGGGAGUUUCACAAUCCCAUGCACAAUAGGCAACUAUGCUUUUGCUACAGCAUUGUGUGAUUUAGGGGCGAGCAUAAACUUGAUGCCCUUGGCUAUUUAUAAAAGGUUAGGCAUUGGAAGAGCAAGACCCACAUCCAUGUUACUGCAGCUAGCUGACCGAACGGUGAAAAGGUCAUCAGGUAUACUUGAUGAUGUACUGGUGCAGGUUGGAAAGUUUGUGUUUCCGGCAGAUUUUGUCAUUCUGGACUGCCGGGUGGAUGAGGAGAUUCCCAUAAUUUUUGGGAGGCCAUUCUUGGCCACUGGGAGAGCUCUCAUUGAUUGCGAAACUGGGGAGCUUAAGAUGAGACUGAACGAUGAAGAGAUAACGUUCAAUGUGCAGAAGUCUGUGCAGCGACCUAGUGAGUUUGCUAACUGGUCUCUGAUAGAAGCUGUGGAUGUGAUUUUGGAGGAGGAAGAUGAGGCUCUGAACGCAAAAACCCUCUAG